AUGAGCAACCCUCACAAGUCUCUUCUCAGCAAGGCUCUCACCGAGAGACCUGCAUCUGCACCGCUACAAGAUGGAGACGUCGCUAUGAAGCAUAAGAAAACGCCAUCUAUUCCCAACCGGCCCCUUUCGAGCACCCCAUUGGCGACUCCAUCAUCAAUAUCACGUCCUAUUCCGAUUCCGAUUCCAAUCCCUCCUUCUCACUCACCAGUGAAUCGACCAUCUUCACAUCAUUCAACUCAUCUUGGUGCCCUGCAUAAUUUGGGAAGUCCAUCUAUCACUUUUGACCUCCCAAAGUUUGAUAAGACAUCGGAACUGUCAAAGGCAUCCGUGGUGAAAUCCCGCCUGGGCAGCGUCCUCACCAGAGGAUUCAUCCUGAAGACCGACUACUAUCCCAACGGCCGUGCUCUUGAUCUUGAUAUCAACCUGGGCGGAGCUCCCAACUUUCGCUCUCCACGAGGGGUUUCUUUCAACGUUUUUGGCGUCGCUCAGCCGAGAAUCGCAGGAAUCAAGGCUAUCUUGUCUCUGCUGGAUUGCCGUCCAUCUGCCCAGGGUGCCAAGGUGGUCGACAAGGAAGAAAAGGCAUUUGGUCGAGAAUAUAGAGCUAACCACCCACGUAAAUGCCUCUGGUUCAACACUAGAGAGGAACCCGUUGUAUAUAUCGGGACGCGUCCGUUUGUGCUUCGCGAUGCAACAGAUCCCCGACAGAACCUCCAAGUGGCUGAUAGUGCCGAUAUUCUUGAAGCCGUCGAACAGCGUCUUAAGGAGGACAUCUUGAAGGAGGCAGCAACUUUUGGUGGACUUGUGUUGACGCACAACGAACAAGAGGAUAGUGACGGCCGAAUCCUCCCGACAUGGACAGCUGCGGAUCCGUCAAUAGUCAAGACGUCUCGAGAGGUUUGGGAAAGUGUUAGAGAGGAAGGCUGGCCAGUCGAGUAUCAUCGAAUUCCCAUCUCGCAGUCACGACCCAUCGAAGAUAAUUAUCUUGAUGCAUAUCUACAAGUCCUCAAGACCGUCUCACCUGUUACGACACCCAUCGUCUUCCAUUGUGGGAUGGGUGCCGUUCGUACAACCUAUGCAAUGACUGCCGCCUGUAUCGUCAGGCGGAAACAGUGCAUUGACUUGGGGUUGGGAGAUCCAUUCGCCGGUCUUCGCAGUAGCUAUCCUUCCAUGGGCGCGAUCGGGAUGAGCUCCUCCCCCAGUACUCAAUCUCAAGCAGCCAUCGUUCUCGAACAGGCGGAAAUGCAACGCGAGCACAACGAAUCUCUUCUUCGAUUAGCGCAUAUUCUUCAACAAAAUCUUGAUACUAAAUCAUCGUCUGCUUCGGCGAUUGAAAUCCUCGUCUCGCAUCCAUCCUUGCAGACCAACCUUCAGAAUGCUCUUAGAGGCAACUACAGUAUCAUUCUAUCUCUGCUAGGCAUCAUCGAUCAUGGACCCUUUAUCAAGAAAGUAGUCGAUAGGAUCAUCGACUCGGCCUCUCAGAUGGUGAAUCUGAGGGAGGAAAUACUCACUGGUCGAAUACGCUACUCUGUCAGUCGAGGUGAUGAUGAACGACGUGCGGAAUGGAUAGAGAAGAGCGCAAAGGCCCUAGAGAAAUACUACUUUAUCAUAGCCUUUGCAAGCUAUGUAGAAACAAGCAAUAACUUUGAAGAGACCUUCGCAAGUUGGAUGAAAGCACGAAUAGAAGUAACCAACCAAGUGAUGUUCCUACGACGGUCUGGAUCUGCAUUUAAAAUCUUUGCACCCAUAAACGACCUGAAGGCACUUUCUCAAGCGGGAUUAGAGUCUCGAGAUCAGCAGCAAGUUGCUAAAAGAAACCGACCAGAUCUUACCAUUGCCGGAGGUCAGAUUCUUGGAGACGAAUGGGCGGAGCAUGUCGUUCGAAACCGCGGCGGAAUCAUCUUGCGAACGAGUACCUUACUUAAAUCUGAUCAGUGGCAUCAAGAGUAUGAAGAGAUUCCUGGUGGUGUCCGAGGUGCUCCUUACUUCCGCAAUGUGCCUGGAACAAACAUCUACGCGUGUGGUCAACCGACUUCGGAAGCGAUCGAAGAGGUUGUUGCACGAGUGCACCGAGACUUCCCCGAACCUGGUGAUAUGAUUUGGAUCACCCUUCGUGAGGAACCAAUUAUCAUCAUCAACGGCGCACCGUACUGUCUCAGAAGGGAGAGCUACUCGCUUCGAAACAUGAAGGAUUACGGCGGUAUAUCAGCAACGCGCCUUGAAGUCUUGGAGGAGCGCUUAAAGGACGACGUACUGGCAGAACUGAGGACCUAUGGCGGCAGAGUACUACUCCACACCGAGGCAUCUGAUGGACAAGUGGUCCCUGUUUGGGAAGAAGCACGCGAGUCAGAUGUCGCUACUUUGAAGGAGGUGUUUGCGGCGAAGAGUCACAUCAACAACGUCCGACUUCACUAUUCGCGUGUUCCAAUUACAAGCGAACGUCCUCCAGAUUUCCAUGACAUUUCUGACCUUAUGGAAGUCGUGAUUCGAACACAUACCACCCGUACGCCUAUCAUUGUCAACUGCCAACUUGGAAAGCGACGGUCUACCAUAACUGCUAUUGUCAUCAAGCUCAUACAGGAUUGGGUGCAAUCGAGCAACGAACUGAGCCGAACUCCCAAGACCCCUCAGACAGGCUACGAGAGAUUCCGCUUCUCUACAUCCAUGACUUCUAUUUCCGACAGGGUGCAGACGGUGUCCAAACAGCGCCCUUCAUAUCAAGUCAUUAAUAACCUGCUACGAGUGAUUCGGGGCGGACUGGAGGUCAAGUUUUCCGUCGACAAUGCUGUAGAGCUGUGUUCCCAAACAUUUGAUUUGCACAAGGCCAUCGAAUCCGCCAAAAUAGCUGCAGACGAAGCUGUCGACGAGCGACAGAAGCGCAAGGAGAGCGUGAAAGGGUUGCAUCAUCUCCGACAAUACUUCGAGUUGAUCAUUUUCCAAGCAUAUCUCAAUGUGACGCAACCAGAUACUUGGAGGGACUUGGAAACGUUUGAAAACUUUGUCAAGGCCCGACCAGUGUUCAAGACGUUUGAGAAAGAGCUCGACGUCGACGAUGCCAACGCCCUCAAGCCGCUUGAACGAGUCGAGGUUUCCGACGGCGUAGCGAUGCCCGACGAAGUCGUAAGAAUCGUCGCGAAUCGUGCAGGCGCAGUGCUGUCAGCAUCGACCAUUCUCAAGUCGGACUUUUUCAGCAACCUCCAAAAGAUGUCCCUGCCCGAACGAAUCGAAGGCUCGCCCAACUUUAGGAGGAUACCUCUGGUAUUGUGGGCUGGCUCGGGUGCCGAAUCCCAAAACUAUACUCACGCUCGAACCGAAUAUGUCUGUGGGAGCGGUAUGCCGACCGCAGAAGGAUUGCGUCGUGCGCUCAAACGGGUUGGUGCGUCCCCAGAAGGACCGAACGUCGCGUUUUGGACUAGUCUUCGCGAGGAGCCGGUCCUCUAUGUCAAUGGACGACCUCACGUCCUUCGUCAAGUCAACCGGCCAUUGCAAAACAUGGAAGCGACCGGAAUCACGACAGACGUCGUCGAGCGUAUGGAGCAGACGCUCAAGCGGGAUGUACAGAAGGAAGUGUUUGCUGGCCAAGGAAGAAUUCUUCUCCAUGACGAGGUUGAGGAUUCCCCUGGUCAAUUUACCAUUACCCCUCAGUGGGAGACGGUUUCCGUGGAGGAUAUUAUGACCCCGAGGGACGUGUUUGAGAUGGUGACCAAGGAGGGCUACAAGGUGGACUAUGCACGAGUGGCGAUUACUGAUGAACAGGCGCCGCUACCCGAGAGCAUGGCAAUAAUUUUGGAGCGAGUAAAGGUUGGCUUAGGUUCCGCAACGGACCUCAUCUUCAACUGUCAAAUGGGCCGUGGUCGAACAACGACGGGUAUGGUCUGCGCGAGCUUGGUGGCAACGAUUCUCUAUGGCGACUAUCGGAUGGAGAGCGCAACGACGGACGAAUCAGGAACACAAGAGGCCUUUAUUAUGACGGACGGUGUGUCAGAGGAGGAGGCCUACCUGAACGCAAUCUAG